UAAAUAAAAUGAUCAAAUAUAUAAAAAAAAUUAUCGAUAAUAUAUAUAAAUAAAUUCACCGUGCGCAAAACGUGUUAUCCUAGUUAAAAUGGUACGAGAGAUAAGUAUAAACCCAAGCCCAAAUACGAUAAACCAAAAAAAAAAACACGUAUACACUAACUCUAAAAGAAAACUUUAUUAUUUUUUCCCUCUUUUUGAAUUUCAAAAGUUUCCUCAAUUACAGAGUCUAUCUGAUAUCCCACUGAUCUGCUUCAUUUCACCCUUCUCAGCGACGUAUCCACUUCUAUUCAACGAAUCUUCGCGGUUCUAUAUCCGUCCCUUACUUCGCUUAAAUCUUCGUUUCUCCAAUCAGAUCUCGUGCUUAAGUAUGGGUGUGGAGGAUUAUCAUGUGAUCGAGCUCAUCGGCGAAGGCUCUUUCGGGAGAGUUUACAAAGGAAGACGAAAGUAUACCGGACAGACGGUGGCGAUGAAGUUCAUCAUGAAACAAGGAAAGAGUGAGAAAGAUAUAGAGAGUCUAAGACAAGAAAUCGAGCUCAAGCAUGGGAAUAUUAUUGAAAUGCUCGAUUCCUUUGAGAACGAACGAGAGUUCUGUCUUGUCACUGAGUUUGCUCAAGGUGAGUUGUUUGAGAUUCUUGAAGAUGACAAGCGCCUUCCCGAAGAGCAAGUUCAAGCCAUCGCUAAGCAGCUGGUAAAAUCAUUGCAUUACUUGCAUUCAAACCGUAUAAUUCACCGUGACAUGAAGCCACAAAACAUUCUUAUUGGUGCUGGGUCUGUCGUUAAGCUAUGCGAUUUUGGUUUUGCUCGAGCUAUGUCUACCACUGUGGUUUUGAGAUCCAUUAAAGGCACUCCGCUGUACAUGGCGCCUGAGCUUGUGAGAGAACAGCCAUACAAUCACACUGCUGACCUGUGCUCCCUUGGUGUUAUAUUGUAUGAAUUAUAUGUUGGUCAACCUUCAUUCUACACUAAUUCCGUGUACGCUCUAAUCCGUCACAUUGUUAAGGAUCCUGUCAAAUACCCUGAUGAAAUGAGUCCUUAUUUCAAAAGCUUUUUAAAAGGAUUACUCAAUAAGGUGAAGUUUCUAUUUUGAUCCAAGCUACUUUUACUAGUUGAUGAUAUUUGUGAGCUUAUCUUGGAAGGGGCUAGUAUGUUUGUAUAUUACGAUGCAAAACAGGUGUCCCAAAGUCGAUUGACCUGGCCUGCUCUUCUCGAGCACCCCUUCAUUAAAGAAUCUCUAGAGGAAGUUGCAGCCAGGGAAAUGCAUACUGCGGUAGUUGACCAUAAGGCAGCGUGGAGACUCAAAGGAAAUGGAGGCCAACAGAGAAAUGAAAAGUGUGACUCGGCGACCCGGCCCGUUUAAGGAAGCCUCUGCUCUAGGAAUUGUAGCUGACGUUCAGUCAGAUAUGAAGAGUGCUGUCAAAGUAAAUUCUCCCUCUCCUGAGGAUUUUCUCGGAUUCCCAACCCAGGAGGCUAUUAAAAGUUCAGGUGACGCAACAUUGGACAAAUUGGAAAAUACAUCUGGAACUGUUAAAGGUGCAAAAGUUAUAGGUGAAGAUGCUAAAGCAAUGGAUCUAGUUCUACUGUCACUGGAAAGAUGUACAAAAUCACUGUCGAAAAGGGACAAAGAUCUUGCUUGCUCUAUUCAGUCUCUCAGAAUAAUUUUCAAUUUGGUUGGAGCUCGCGCAAUAGAUUCCGUUGAACUGAUUGACAAAAUAAUAUCUGCACUGCUAGACUAUACUGACGCUCUUGUUGGGAUGAAAUCAUCCGAGUCAACAACAUAAUACCAAAGAGUCUUUCAGUCACUAAAAACUUGGUAGGGCAUAUUGAAUGAAGUAGGAUACAUAGUUCCUACAUCAGGCACUGGACGAAACUAGUGGAAAUCUUUGUACAGGUGGACCUUAUUUUGGUGCACCAUAGGUUAUUUUGAGAUCAGCUCACCCGUCUUGUAAACUUGAUUUAGAACUGUAAGUUUCUGUAUAUUAUUAAUGAAUAAGUGUUCCUUUUAUAUAGGAGUUAUAAA